UAAUUUUAUCGAAAAUCUCGCAAGGCAAUGCGAAUUACAAGGGAUGCAAAUAGCAAGAGUAACAAAAAAUAUGCCGGCUAUUUAUUAUCAACAAUUUAGGGGACCUGAUAGUGUAAAGCAAGCUUAUAAAGAUGCAGAAAAAAGACUUAACAAACCGCCGCAAAUGAUACUCUUCAUUAUUCCUGGCGAAAAGUCACCAAUGAAUACUGAUAUUUACGAAACAAUCAAGCGCGUUAUGGACACUGAAAUAGGAUGUCUUUCGCAAUGUAUAAGCGUAGAUUCUAAGAGAAACUUCCGCAACCCGCAAUAUUGUGCCAAUCUUGCUUUGAAAAUAAACCUUAAACUCGGCGGUGUAAACUCUAGCCUACCCGAAGAAAAGCUCAGUCUUCCUGAUGGAGGUAAAGUGCUCUUUCUUGGUGCUGAUGUAACCCACCCCAAAGACAAAUAUGGUAGUUCCAUCUGUGCUGUUGUUGGUUCACUUGACGAUCAAGCCGCACGUUAUGUUACAAAAUAUCAGGAUCAAGAACGCUCCGGAAAGGAAGAGAUUCUUAAAAUUGAUAAAAUGAUAAAAGAAAUCUUGAAAGAUUAUUGUGAGUAUCAGAGGAAAAAAAGAGACCUCCCGAAAGAUGAAAAAGAUGAAAAAGUCCUUCCACCAUACAUUAUUAUGUACCGUGAUGGUGUUAGCGAAUCCCAGUUUGAACGAGUGCUCAGAUUCGAACUUCCCAAGAUUAAGGAAGCAUGCGCUCAGUUCCGGAAAGGUAACAAGCCUUACGAGCCAAAGAUCAUUUUUGCAGUCGUCGGUAAACGUCAUCAUACGAGAAUUUUCCCAAUAAAUCCCCAAAGUAAAAAUGAAGCCGACAGAAAUGGAAACUGUCUUGUCGGAACUGUUAUUGACAAAAAAAUCACUCACCCCACACUUAAUGACUUUUACCUCCAGUCACACUAUGCAAAUCAAGGAACAGCGCGUCCAUCUCAUUAUACUAUACUUUAUGAUGAUAUCAAAUUAACAAUAGAUCAAUUCCAAAGCUUAAGUAAUACAUUAUGCUAUAACUUUCAACGCGCCACAUCCAGUGUCAGCAUUCCAUCACCUACGUAUUAUGCACAUCUCACUUGUGCCCGGGCGAAAAUGUAUUUAGUAUCUUCUCGUGUUAAGUUUGUUAAGAAAGAUAAAAAUGACAAACCACCACCACCAAAGUUGCUAAAGCUGCAUAGAAAUCUCAAUAAGUUCCCCAUGUAUUUUAUGUGACAUAUUAGGUUUAUUAAAAAAAAUUAUAAUUGUUGGAUAUAACAAUAUGGGGAAGUAAAAUUAAAAAACUAAAGUCAUGGUUUUUAAAUAGAUCUUCAACUUAAGUCGUGUUAUAUAAUAUUACAACAUUAAUUGC